AGCUCUCUUGCAACUUGUACCGCCUUCGAUCUCGUCGAUCCCCUCGCGUUUGAGUCAACAUGGCCCUUCCCAUGAAGAAGUCCGUGAUGAAGAGCAUGAAGGCAAUGAAGAAGACCACCGCGAUGAAAGCUCGAGUGAUGAAGAAGAAGGCAGUGAGCAAGAUUGCUCGAGGAAAGUCGGCAAAGGCCGUGGUCUUCAGGGGCAGCAAAGAGAAGACUGCAACAGGUUUCAAACAGACAGACUUGUUGAAGAACAAGCGUAACAAGGUUGUGACCAAGAAGCAGCAUGCUGCCGGCAAGAAAGCCUACAAGAACAUCUCCGCUUGGACCACCGCAGUGACAAAGGCCAGGAAGGAGUUGGGCAUCAAAGGCUUCUGCGCUGUGAAUGGUAAGACAGCGCAGGGCAAGGCUCUCUAUGCCAAGGCCAAGGCCAUCUAUGCCGCCUGAACGGUUGAGAGAU